GGGUGGGCUGGUGUAGUGUGGGCGCCAUGUCGCGGCGGAGGUGGCGAGGUUCGCAGAGCGGCGAAGGCGGCGGCGGCGGCUCGGGACGCGGAGGGGACAUGGUGAAGAUGGGCGGUGGCGGCGGCGGCGGCUCCGGACGUUAUUACGGGGGCGGCCCUGAAGGCGGGCGCGCCCCGAAGCGCCAGAAAACGGAGAACGCGGACCACGGGCCGGGGGGAGCGGCUGGCGGAGGCGGGGAGAACUAUGAUGAUCCGCACAAGCCGGCAGCUUCUCCUGUGGUCCAUAUCCGGGGUCUGAUUGAUGGUGUGGUGGAAGCUGAUCUGGUGGAGGCCUUGCAAGAAUUUGGCCCUAUCAGCUAUGUGGUGGUGAUGCCCAAAAAGAGGCAGGCUCUAGUAGAGUUUGAGGACAUACUCGGAGCAUGCAAUGCUGUGAAUUAUGCAGCGGACAAUCAGAUCUACAUUGCUGGGCAUCCGGCCUUCGUCAACUAUUCUACCAGCCAGAAGAUUUCACGACCCGGGGACUCGGAUGAUUCGCGAGGAGUGAACAACGUCUUGCUCUUCACCAUUCUGAACCCCAUCUACUCCAUUACGACGGAUGUCCUGUAUACCAUCUGCAACCCGUGUGGUCCAGUCCAGCGCAUUGUUAUCUUUAGAAAAAAUGGGGUCCAAGCUAUGGUGGAAUUUGACUCUGUGCAAAGUGCUCAGAGGGCAAAAGCUUCUUUGAACGGGGCUGACAUUUACUCUGGCUGCUGUACGCUGAAGAUUGAAUAUGCCAAGCCGACUCGCCUGAAUGUCUUCAAGAACGACCAGGAUACCUGGGACUAUACCAACCCCAACCUCAGCGGGCAAGGUAACCUUGAUCGCCUGCUCUCAAGCUAGACACAAACCCUUUCUUUUCCU